CAAAGUCACAUCGCUCUCCUCCUACCGCGGCCUUGGAACUCACACAGCAAUACUUCUACGAGUAUUCCUUUGAUGAGCUGCGGCCGCGCCCUCGUCAGGUCUGUCCGUAUGCCGUCAUCUCCUUCCUGUUUAAAGGAAAAGACUCUUCACUUCCCAGCAAACCUCUGGCCCCCAUCAGGUUGAACAGUCAGUCAGCAGAGGCCAGUAAAGAGCGCGCUCAGUUCACAGUGUGGAGCGGAGAUCUGGUGAAAGGUGACCGGCUUCUCUUCCAGAUAUCCCUCCGCUGCUUCUCUCCUCCCUUACUGCCCCACAGACUACCGGAGAAGUUGGAAAUGGGUUGUGUAAUGAAGCUGGAGCAGCUGACCAGGUACCUGUCCUCUGACCUGCUCUCCUACAACCUGUACAGCAGCAGCCACCAAGUUGUGAAUAGCCGUCAUUGCUGCAGUCUUCUGGAGGUGACAGACAGAAAUCGGUCUACAACCAGCGUGACCAGACUGCUGCAGGAGCUGGAGACAAAGAGAGUGGUUCUGGUGACUGCACUGUCAGACAGAGGCUUUCUCCUCCUGUUAUCCAGUGUUCAGAUGACCACGCCCCCAGAGAGAGAAGAGAACUGGAAGAGAAGUCUCCAGGCGUUGUUUGUCUUCCCAGAGUCCAGAGAUCUUUCUAAAUCCACAUUCAGGGGUGCCUCCUCGUCCCAUAAUGCAUCACAAUCUGGUAGCCCGGUGAUGCCACGGCUCUCACAGUUUAUUCCAGCGCUGCACCACGCUCUGGUGAAGGCCCGCGCCAACCACCCCCCUGAGCUGUCUGCAGGCGUGGAGCACCUCACACGGGAAUACCUGGUCGGCCUGACCGAUGGGAAGGUUCGACAGUACCCGAUGGGCGAGUACGACUCCAAACUGGAUGAGUGCAUGAAGCUGUUUCCUGCUCCCAAACAACACCGGGUGAACAUGGAGGGCUACCUGCGCUCCUACCUGUACACCCCCACCCUGCACCUGCUGUCUGUGGCCCGGGCUAAACAGAUGGUGGAGGCGCACUGCGGCCCCGAGGAGUCUCAGGAGGCCAAGCUCAGGAGGAGCCUUGGAGGACACAGAGAGGUGAUAGGGAAGGAGGCGACCAGCAGCUCUCGAGAGGGACAGACCAACACUCAGAAGAUGCAGCAGCUGGUCGACCUGGUUCUGACCUGCAAGAGAAAAGCAGAGACUGUGGUGAGAAAGGAGGGAGGAGAAGGAGGCGUGAAGGUACACGGGAGGAAGAGGAAAAUGGAACAGGAGACGGCAGAGAGGACACUAAAGUUCCUGAAGGCAUCACAGGAACCCGGAAGACACAGCAAGUUUCCCGUUGAGGGAAGCCAUGUUCCCGCCCCCCCUGGCUCUCUUGCGUCUGUGAUUGGUUCGGUAGGUUUGAAGGACGUGGAUCUAAGGGAAGAUGGAUCUGAAUUAGCUACUAGACUACUCUCUCUGCUAAAAGGCCUCACACAGGCAGCAAGAGGAACAUCCAAUCAGAGUGAAGUACAAGAGGCGGUGCAGAAGACAUCCUGGCCCUUUGAUAGGCUGGCCACCAAACUGGGUCUGCCCACCAACUGUGACAUCGACCUGAGGGAUCAGGAGGAGCUGGAGGAGCAGACAAUCGUCAGCAUCAGUAGUUCGGAGGGAUUCAGUCCCGGCUCCCACAGCGGGGAGGGGAAUCACCAUGGAGCAGCAGGAAGAGGAGGGGGGCUCGGGAAGAGGGCAGGGGGAUAUGAAGAGGAAGAGGAGGAACAGGACAAGAUCCCGUGGGUUCUCAUCCCUAUUACAGGUCUGUCUGUCUGCCAAGGCUAUUUACCUGUUAACAUGGAUAAUGACUUCUCUUAUAUUCCCGUUUACACAUCCUCCUUCAUUCUUUCCCCAACUACCUUCUCAAAAAAGUUUGCAUUGUAAUAUUUGUGCAAAUCCAUAAACCUGGUGAUAUUUAAGUCUUUCUGACUAGAAAUGUUU